UAUUAGACCGGAUAUCGUACGGAAACACGGGUUAAAGUCUGUCUGUUUGUUUGGCAAAAUGUUUUGGACAUUUAUAAUAUUUACGUUUGUGAUAAUACUUUUUAUGUAUGUUGCAGGACGUUUGAAGCCCAGAGCUACUUCUCUUGCUGAAAAACAUGUUGUAGUGACAGGUGGUUCUAGUGGUAUUGGGAAAGCUAUAGCUGUGUUGGCAGCUCAACAAGGAGCUAAUGUAACAAUCUUGGCUCGUAACAAGCUGCGAUUAGAAGAAGCAAAAACAGAAAUACAACAACAUCUGCAACCAUCGAGGAAAGUUCAGAGUUAUUCAGUAGAUUUAUCUAGUAAUUUUGAGGAUGUUAAAAAAUGCAUUUUGGAGGCAGAAGAAAAGCAUGGUCCAGUUUUUAUGUUGGUCAACUCAGCUGGUUCUUCAGUGAGUCGUGCAUUUCAGGAUCUAGAUGCAGAAGAUUUCAAGGUAAAACAUCUUUGCUAAAUUCUUAGAAAACUU